AUGUAAAGAAAACUGUAGCUGCUGCUCACUCAAAGUCAACAACCUGCACAAAACUAACAGUGAAGAUGGCGGCUACCGAAGGGGUAGUGGUGGUUUGUGACGACCGCUGUGGCUGCCCAAGUCCUUGCCCUGGCGGUACGGCUUGCAGGUGCCCAACGGCAGAGGCCUCUGCCGGAGGGGUAGAACACAAGAAGUGCUCCUGCGGUGAACACUGCAGCUGCAAUCCAUGUGGGUGCGACAAGACUGAAGUCACUGGGACUGGGAAGGUGUACUGCAAGUGCGGGCCUAAUUGCACUUGUGCCACCUGUGCUGCUUAAUAUAUAGAAAGCUAGCUCGUUUCCCUCUAAUCUAUAGAAACAUGGACGGCAGUAUUACACAAAAAAAGGAACUUAGCUCAAUCAUAAGGUGUUUAAAUAGUCAGCCAUGGCUGAUUCUGUGUUUGUGUUGUAUAUGAAUACAGUCUGUUUAGUGUG